CAGACGACCUGGAGGAUAUCUCCAUUUCGCCAUCCCCCUCGGGCGAAAUCCUUUAUGCGAUUUUAUCCAACUUCAAGCCCAUUUUCUCCCUGUCCAAACACGACCAAGAAAAACAAGGAACAGAAAAAAAACAAGAAAGUAGGCAGGGGAGACAAGGGGACAAAAAUGGAGGAAAGCUCAAACAGAGUGGAAGCGGAGCGGUUGCUUGGAAUCGCGGAGAAACAACUGCAGACACGCGAUCUGCAGGGAUCGAAAGAAUUCGCAGUCUUGGCGCAGGAGACGGAGCCGCUUUUAGAGGGGUCAGAUCAGAUCUUAGCAGUGGUAGAGGUGCUUUUGGCGUCCGAAAAGCGCAUAAAUAACCACCAUGACUGGUACGCGAUGCUGCAGUUGGAGCGCCGAUCCGACGAUUUCGAUCAAAUAAAGAAGCAAUACCGCAAGCUGGCUCUCCUCCUCCACCCGGACAAAAACAAGUUUCCUUUCGCUGACCAGGCUUUCAAGCUUGUGGCAGAGGCAUGGAGCGUCCUCUCUAAUGAAUCGAAGAAAGCUCUGUACGAUAACGAGCUUAGCCUCUUCACCAAAGUCGAUCUUAACAGCUUAGCAGGCGCCGGGUUGCACCAGCAUGAUAAAUUGCCUGUUAGGAGGAGCCAGCGGGAGACUAAGCCCGCAGAGGACGAGUUUCGGUCUAAGCUAUCCACUUUCUGGACCGCCUGCCCGUACUGCUAUAGGUUGUACGAGUAUCCUAGGGUUUAUCUAGAGUGUUGUUUGAGGUGCCAGAAUUGCCAGAGGGCAUUCCAGGCAACAAUGAUCCCGUCUCUGCCGCCGCUUGUCCCCGGCAAGGACGCGUACUACUGCCGUUGGGGAUUCUUCCCUCUCGGGUUUGUGACUGGGAAUUCAGAUAACGGGGGCGGGAAAGGGGCUACAACUUCGAGAUUCCCGAAUUGGAUGCCCCCAAUUUACUCGCCGGAUUUGCAUCCCGCUGGAAAUAAUUUUACCGGUGUUGCUGCUACCGCGACUGCCGCUGCCCCGGCCCCUGCCGCUGCAGCUGCGGAGAGGGUGAAUGGAACUGUUAAUAGGGGUAAUUCUGCGGUGAAUGAGCGGGGAAGUUCUCCCAGAAAGAGGGGAAGACCGCGGAAGAAUCCAGGUUUCUGAAAUUGGGUUGAAGAAGAAUGGGAACUUAUAAGGAUUUUGUUUUGUUUAUUGGAGACGGACAGAAAUGCUGAGGUCUCUCUGGUGAAAAUGAAAGAAGGUAAAAACUAGCUGGAUCAGUUUUCCCAAAGCUUACUGAGCGGUCUUUGUAGUAUUUUGUUAGAUUUUACUUGUUAGUGGUAGUUUUCUUUUUUCUCUUAUCUGUAGAUUGUAGAACUGUAGAUAUUAAAUCUUUUCUUUUCAUUUGCAUCUUCUUUGUGACUGACUGAUGAUUCACAGAAGAUCUGUACCAUAUAUUGACAUGCAACAAUGUGAUUUCAGAAAGUAUUUUUCUUUU